AUGAAAGACUUCUCACUUUUCAAUAUCAGUGAAAGCGUCAGACUGAUUGAGAAAAGGCUCUCAGCAGUGAGACAUAACUCAGAAUGUCAGAGAUACUGUCAUUUAUCAAAAUUGAGUUUACAAGUCAGCAUGAGAGAUCAACAGAUGCAAAGUGCAAGAAGGUGUUAUGAUGUAUCAAUUGCUGUCAACUCUAUUCAGCUGAACAUCAGCAUUGCUCUGCUGCAUUCAGAUGAGUGA